AUGUUCAAGCUCUGCGGCGACACCGACGACGUCGACGACGACGAUCUCUCCACGCCCGAGAAAGAAUACAACCCCCGGGUCACCCUGAGCGACGAGCAGGCGCGCAAGGCCGAGCUCGCCGCGCUCUUCGAGGGCGCGGCCGGCGGGGAGUUCGCGCCGACGUUCGAGGGCGGCGGCGUCUACUUCGCGUCGUCCGCCGAGGACCCGGGCGCGGCGCGCGCCCACUGGACGAACUACAACAUCGCGGCGUCGCUGCGGCCCAACUACAUGGACGUGGACGAGUACUGGGCGGCCGAGCUCCUGCUGAAGCGCGUGCGCAUCUUCCUCGCGAAGCGGCGCGCGGCGAAGGCGCUCGUCGCGGGCGACCUCGCGAUCAUCUGUGCGAUCAUGGAGCGGGAGAUCGACAAGAUCCAGCGCGCCUGGCGGCGGCACCGGGGCCGCGCGGCCUUCAAGGCGCGCGCCGUCGCCGCCGAGGCGGCGGCGAAGAAGUGGCGCGCGUUCGAGGACUUCCGCGCGGCGCUGACGUCCAAGGAGGGAGAGGCCGUGCUCCUCUGGGACCACGAGAAGAAGCGCACGGCGCGCGCGGCGCUGCGCGUCGACAAGUCGCGCCACUUCCUCACGACGACCGUGGGCCGCCGCACGCGGAAGCACCGGCUCAAGGACGUCUACCGCGUCACCCAGGGCUACGCGUCGGAGUUCCUAAGAGACCUCAUCACGCAGCUCGCGCCCGAGAAGCACCUGAGCCUCUGGCUCCGGGACGCCCGCGGCCGGCGGUCGUCCAUCGACGUCGCCUUCGACCACGGCGCGUCCGUCGACGUCGCCGACGACGGCAAGAGCCGCUGCGACCGCUUCUACCGCAACUUCUCGCGGCUUUUGGACGAGCUCGAGUCCGAGGACGCCUUCUUCUUCGACGCCCGGGGCGCCUACGGCCGCGUCGGCCGCUCCGUCUUCGACCGCUGGGAGCAGGUCGCGCUCCUCGACCCGGACUGGACGGGCGCCGACGGCGGCGCGCGGCCCGCGGACGCCGGCGCGGCCGGGGGCCCGGGCCGGCCGCCCGCGCGGGACCGCCACCUGCCGGGCCGCCUCCCGCCGGGCUGCCUCCUGCCGGCCCCGCUGCCGCCGGCGGCGAAGCCCCAGCACCUGCCGCUCAAGGUCGUCUACGAGCACGUCGCGCCGGGCGGCGAGCGCCGCGGCGCCGCGUGGUGGUCCGAGACCGUCGUCCUGAGCUACGGCGACUUCUUCGCGGGCCGCUUCGACGCCGACGGCGCCACGCGGUCCAAGGAGCGCUUCGUGCUCCAGCGCUGCGUCUUCGACGGCGACCGGUGGCGCCGCGUCGACCGGCCGCGGCGCCGCGACGACGCCCAAGCGCCGCGGCCCGAGCCCAUGCCCACGUCCGAGCUCAUCUCCUACUUCUCGGCGCAGACCCGCGACCUCUACGGCCACGUGGGCGUCCGGGGCUGGCGCAACACCGAGUCCGGCGACUUCGAGUUCGACGGCGACAACGAGGCCCGGCUCGUCGCCUUCGCGCUCUCGCGCGGCGGCAAGGCCGCGGCGACGGCCGCGAAGCUCCAGGGCGCCGCGGCGUCCGUCGCGGCGCGGAAGAGCCUGACCCAGGAGCUCACGGACUCCGGCGGCGGCGGCGUCGCCGCGCGGCUCCGCCGGGCCUUCGGGCGGUCGCGGGCCGCCGACGGCGCGGAGACGGACGGCGACGCGACGGGCGCGUCGAGCGGCGACGAGGCCGGGCCGUCGGGCGCGCGCCAGGACGCGACGCACCUGCGCCGCGCGCUGCUGCGCCAGCUCUACGGCGGCGAGCACGGCAAGAAGGGCCAGGCGGACCCGCGCCUCGCCGCGGGGCGCAUGUACGAGCCGGGCCCCGUGUCCUUCAACUCGUCGCAGAAGAUGAUGGUCGACGCGCGGCGCGAGGCCAUCCUCCGGGACGCGCAGGCGCAGCGCGGGGAGGCGCGCGCGCGCGAGGCCCGGGCCCGGCGCGGCGACGCGCGCGCCGACGGGCCCGCGGCGCCCGGCGGCGCGACCGCCGCCCGCGACGACUCCGAGGCCGGCUCCGACGCGGCGUCCGACGGGGAGUCCGACGGGAGCCCGGUCAAAGAAGAGACCGCGACGGUCCGGACGCUCGAGCAGCUGCGCACGGCGCCGCCGGCGGCGCGCCGCAUGCGCCGGGACGAGUCGGCCAAGUUCCGCGCGACGCACUCCUGCGCCGACGGCCACCGCUACGAGAUCACGGUCUCCGAGAAGGCGCGGCGCGGCGUCACGCCGAAGCUCGGCCUCCGCUGCUACGCCGGCGAGCCCGUCGACUUCGGCCGCGUGCGCUACGCGGCGUCGCUCGUCGUCGCCGGCUGCUCCGCGCACACCGUGCCGACGGUCCAGCUCGCCUACGGGUCGUCGACGAUCCGCGACGGCGACCGCGUCGUCGGCGUCAACGGCAACUUCCCGGCCAACCCCGCGCUGCUCGCGGCGCUCCUCGGCGACGGCCGCCACAAGCGCCGCGUGACGCUCGUGCGGCCCGCGCUCGAGACGGCCGCCAUCGAGGACGACCUCGAGCAGCGGCGCGGCGCGGGCGCCGCCGCCGUCGACGUCUAG